AUGGCCGCAGGGGGCGUGCACAUGCUUCGUUUUACGAGAAAAUCAGCGAGUAUAAGCAGGGUUUCCCCCGUGUUUAUCAAGCAAAAUAACCUUCUUAUCUACGCAUCUGAUAAGAUAAUUUAUGCUCAUGAUAUCUUAACUGGGAAGGAUGUAUAUAAAAUUUCUUCACACGGAGAUGUCAUCACAAAAUUAUGGAUAGAAGACAAUAAAUUAUUUUCUUGCGGAUUAGAUACUAAGAUAAUCGUUUCGGAUAUCCAAACUGGUCGUUGUUUAUCUAGACAUUCCCUGAAAUAUCCCAUUGCCUGUCUUGUCAAUAACUCAUCAACGUAUGUGGCAACAUUAGAAGGAAAGGACAAAAAUUUCAUUACGGUUUUUAAAUCAUCCUUUGAUCAAGGGAACGUCAUUUUCCCUAAUUUUGAGUCGAUUACUGCUUAUGACGUAAACAACCAUUUUGUUGCUGCAAUUACGAACACCAAACUAUACUUGCACUGGUUUAAAUACAACGACUACACCUGUUAUACCCUUCCUAUUGGGGAAAAGUCCCAACUGAACCGACUCAAGCGUUUGACAUGUGUAGCUUGUCAUCCAACGGAGCCGAUUGUUGCCACAGGUAAUGCUAAAGGUGAGAUAAUGAUGUGGUGGAACUUGGUCCGCAUAUCAUCACAUUCUCAUGAGAGAGUGGAAGAAGAUGACAGUGAUGUGGAAGAUAGUUUAACUGAUACCGUGGGUGAUAAGGAAGAUAUUGGUAAUUACCAUGCUAUGAAGCACAUACCCAAUGAUGACUUUCGUCUCCUCCAUCCCAAACGUGUGAAACGUUCAGUAAUGCACUGGCAUUGCUUUUCCAUGACUGCGCUCACAUUUACCCGUGAAGGAAAGCAUCUCUAUAGCGGUGGUCUAGAGGGUGUAUUGGUAAAAUGGGACUUGACUGAUUCUUUUGGAGAGGUGAAGAAUCGUCGAUUUCUUUCCAUGCUGAAUUCUCCGGUGCAAUCUAUUUGUGCUCCAAGUGGAGUAGCUGGGGACUGUGUUGUCGUCUGCUUGGAGAGGAAUAGCUUCUUUGUGAUGAAUGGAGCCAUGCAGAUACUUUAUAAACACACGAGUCUCGAUCAAACACCAAGCCGUUGGCGAUGGGCUGCCAAAAAAGUCUCGAAUUCAACGAUUGCUCUUGCACUUGCUAGUCCUGAAAAGAUUGAUGGUGAUAAUAUCUCUAACUCUGCAUCAUCCUUUCCCAUUCUUUUGCCUGGAGCUCUAGGCUGUCUGCAAAUUGUCAAUGCUGUCAAUGCUAAAAUCAUCAACACGAUGGAAAUGAAUCAACGCAAUUACGUUUUAUGUGACAAUGUGCCAGUCCCGCUCAUAUCUGAGGCCCUCUUGGUUGACUCUUGGUCUGAUGGUCAAUGGCUAGUCACUUAUUCACAACUUCAGCUGCCUAAAAUGAACGCGAAGCGUCAAUAUCUCGCUGGUUGCCAACUUGACAACCAGGCACAAAUUGUCUGGUGGCGUCGAAAUUCAACAACCACAGGAUUUACCUAUGAGGCGAUAUAUGGUGAAUCGAUUGCUUAUCUCAAGUCUCAAGCCACUGAUUUAAAAUUUACUUGUCAUCCAGAAAGCCAACAUUGUUUCCAGACGCUGCUCAUUCUCCGUGACCAAAGAGUAAUUACUUGGCAGUAUAAUCCUGCCUCAGAAGUUCAACAAAAUCAGAGACCUUGGAGGAAGGUUGGUUGCUUUUCUCUGGAUCCCAACUUAAUAUUCUACUCUAUGCUGGAUGACAGUAGUAAGGAAAAGGCGGUUUUAUCCUCGGCUUUACCAAACCCGAAGGUGGCUAUAUUGAAAGCUAAAGUGGAGUUGGAGGAAAAAACGGUUCUUCAUAGAAGUCGAGAGGAAGCGAUCGAUGCAUUAAAGGAAGAAGGACCUAAAUCUAUCCUUAUCUGCGCUUCAAGAUUAACGCUUAGGACUUUCGCGUGGAUUCGCUGGAUUUCUGGAAAUAUGACAAUGGAAGAUAUGUUACCUCUGCAUAACUUAGAUCUCUCAACCUGGUUUAAAUUGCCAAAAGAAAAGGACGUUGAAAAGAGAAUUAUCCAACUCGCGGUCAUUGAUCGUACUGCUAGCAUCUGUGUGGCGCUUAUUCGCCCUCUCAAACGUGAAACUGCCUUUGGCGGUCUUUCUAUCAUUCACAUUUCCCCUAUCGAUGGGAGCCUUUCUUACAAGUCGGGUAUUUUCAAUAUUAAACCUACCGGCGCUCUGGCUGUACAUCCUUCACGGCCUAUUAUUGCGGUGGGACUCAUGAACGGUUCUUGUGCCAUUUACGACGAAAGUCUCCAGUCCCUAGCUACAUUUAUUCAGACACCCCCAUUGCCUUUCUGUGACCGCCAGCGUAGUGUUGCCAAGAAGGAGAAAAACACGCCUUUUUCUCUACCUAACGCUCUUGUUUUUUUACCCGCUACUCAAUCUACUUCAGUCCCUCCUCUUGCGGUGAUUUUCACCACUCUAAGGGGUCGUGAAAGUGGGAGAAAGGAUCUGGCUGUCUUCGGUUUACCUGCUGAUGCUUCAGUUGCUGAGGCUCCCAAGAAGGGUCAAGCGGAGAAAAUAUCUGCACCAUCAGAACAAUUAUCGUCAGGUCUUCUUGCAAAGGUAGCGAGAAUUGAUGAGGAGGAAGGUGAGACGGGAAUGGAUCAACUUCUGUUGCCUGUUCACCGAAGAAAGCGCCGUUUGGACGCGGAUGACGAGUUACUUCGCACUCUGCGUCAA